CUCCCACGUGUUUCUCUUGCAUGUACUCCACCUCCUCACACGUGUCACAUCACCCCAUCCUUCUCUCCCUUAACUCUCCUCUAUUUCACUCUAAACUUUCUCUUCCCCAACAUUCUCAUACCCUCUUUCCUUCUCUGCAACAAAAAUGGCCGAUCAACAACCCAACUACGGCCGUCCACAAAGGCUACCAACUCGUUCCUCCGGCUUCAACACUACACCUUCAUUCCUCCGCAAAUUGCAAGAACACGUCCCUAAUUCUACCCAACUCGUCGGAUUUCUAACCCUAAUUAUCUCCGGCGGGAUCUUACUCCUCCUCACCGGACUCACACUUACCACAAUUAUAUUAGGUUUAAUCUUCUUCACUCCUUUGGUUCUAAUCUCCAGCCCGAUUUGGGUCCCUGUGGGUACUGUUCUGUUUAUAGCCAUUGCCGGAUUUUUAUCGGUUUGUGGAUUUGGGGUUGCCACGCUGGCGUCUCUAUCUUGGUUAUAUAGGUACAUUAGGGGAUUUCACCCGCCCGGUUCGGACCGGGUUGAUUACGCCAGAAGCCGAAUUGCUGAUACGGCUAGCCAUGUCAAAGAUUACGCUAGAGAAUACGGCGGGUAUCUACAUAGUAAAGUGAAGGAUGCAGCUCCUGGUGCUUGAGCUGGAUCAAGCCGUUUUUUCAGUUUGUUUGAACCGGGUUAAUUUUCUCUUUUGAGCUUUUUUUUUUACAAAAUUAUAUAAAUAUAAAAAUCGGACUGUUGUAGUGUUCUGAUUUUACAUAGAAUGUAGUGAUGUUAUUUGAGGAUUUUAAUUUAUUUUAUAUGGAAUUUAAUA